AUGGCGCAUAUCAGAGCUCGAGCUCCGCAGGCAGCUCUGCAAGGUCUCAGGGCCGCAAGCCCGGCCCCGCGCCGGCAAUGCGUCGCUCUGGCCAGUGGUGCUUCCGCGCGGCAUAUGUCGAGUGAGCGCGGCACACCAAACAACACCGAAGAGAAGCAGAAGGGCCGGACAUUCCAGGGUCAGGUUGUCGGCAGCAUCACCCAGCGUCUGGCGCGCGAGAAGGCGGAGCGGGAGAGGUUCGCUGCUGAGCGUGAGAAGACAGGCAAUAGUAGGAACCUGGCGUACACAUUCGUGCUACUCACCACGAUGGGAGUGUCGUACUACCUAGGCACCCUCGUGCCCCCGAGCCCCAGCGAAGAGUCGACCCUGCCGCUAGCCAAGACGAUCGCGCCGGUCCAUAAGCUCAACAAGGAGAACCUCGAGGCCGCCUGGGCCGACUUUGUCAGCAUCGUCGGCAAGGAGCACGUCAGCACCACAACGGUCGACCUCGAACACCACGCCAACUCGGAGUGGUCCUCGCACUCGGCCAAGCCCGACGAGCGCCCGUUCUGCGUCGUCUUCCCCAGCACCACCGAGGAGGUUUCGGAGAUCAUGAAGAUCUGCCACCAGCGGCGGAUCCCCGUCGUCGGCUACAGCGGCGGGACCAGCCUCGAGGGCCACUUCACCCCCACGCGCGGCGGCAUCUCGAUCGAUUUCGGGCGUAUGAACAAGGUCCUGAAGCUGCACCAGGAGGACCUCGACGUCGUGGUGCAGCCCGCUGUCGGGUGGGAGUCACUCAACGACCAGCUUGCGCAGACGGGCCUGUUCUUCCCGCCGGACCCGGGCCCGGGCGCCAUGAUUGGCGGCAUGAUUGGCACAGGCUGCAGCGGCACCAACGCCUACCGCUACGGCACCAUGCGCGAGUGGGUACUGAGCCUGACGGUUGUGCUGGCCGACGGCACCGUCAUCAAGACGCGGCAGCGCCCGCGCAAGAGCUCUGCCGGCUACGACCUUACCAAGCUCUUCAUCGGGUCCGAGGGCACCCUGGGCCUCGUGACGGAGGCCACGCUCAAGGUAACGACGAAGCCCGCGUCCACCUCGGUCGCCGUCUCGGCCUUCCCCACGAUCCGCGACGCGGCCAACUGCGUCGCCAAGGUCGUCGCCGCCGGCAUCCCCGUCGCGGCGGUCGAGAUCCUGGACGACCUGCAGAUGCAGUGCAUCAACAAGGCCGGCAUGACGAGCAAGGCGUGGGCCGAGGCGCCGACGCUGUUCUUCAAGUUCGCCGGCACGGAGACGGGCGUCAAGGAGCAGGUGGCGCUGGUGAAGCAGCUCGCGAGCAAGACGGGCAGCAAGACGUUUGACUUUGCCAAGAACGAGGAGGAGCAGCAGGAGCUGUGGAGCGCGAGGAAGGAGGCGCUGUGGAGCACGAUGGCGGUCCGGCGGGAGGGGGAUCACGUCUGGACUGGCGACGUUGCGGUGCCGACGAGCCGGUUGCCUGACAUUAUUGAGGAGACCAAGGAGGCCAUGGCCAAGAGUGGGCUUUUCGGCACCAUUGUUGGGCAUGUUGGGGAUGGAAACUUCCACACCAUUCUGCUUUACAACGACCAGGAGCGCAAGAGGGCCGAGCACCUGGUUCACAACAUGGUCAAGAGAGCCGUCGAGAUGGAAGGCACCGUCACGGGUGAGCAUGGCGUCGGACUCGUCAAGAGAGAUUACCUCCCCCACGAGCUGGGCGAGUCUACCGUCGAUACCAUGAGACAGAUCAAGAAGGCUCUCGACCCCCUCUGCCUGCUCAACUGCGAUAAGAUCGUCAGAGUACAGCCGCCCAAGGCCGGCGAGGUGAGCGAGUGGUAA